GCCUGUCAGCCAAGGCGGGCUCGGAUUGGCCGCGCGUUUCCGCGCUGAGGGAUGGCCGGGAAGCUCCUCCCCCGGCCGGGGACGGACGGAGCGAUGGCGAGGCCGGGCACUCUCCGGCAUCACAAGGUACUGUCUUCUGGAAGGCUAACAGGAGCAGCCAAGUUAUCAAGUGGAAAAAAACAGAUUGGCUUAAGAAAAGCAUGCCAUUCUGAUGUGGACUCUGGCUACUCUCUCUAUUCCACCGACUCUGAGGAUCAGGUUGUAACUAUACAUAACGGGCUUGAUCGCUGUGCAGCUUUACUGCAGGAUAUUUUGCAAAAUGAGGCCACAGGAACGGAGACAGUAAAUCGAAAACCAGGAAAAGUAACUUCUGUUAAGGCUGCUACCAGGCCUAUAUUAAGCAAAGGAAAUAGUUCAAAAAAGAAAGGACUGAAGAGAAAUGUUCUUGCUGCCCAUAUUCAUAAAGAAAUUGUGCCUGUGUCAAAUAGGAAACCAGCGUCUUGUAAUACACUUGCUGUUGGCAAAGAGGGAGAACUUUCCAGCGCAGUACAAAAUCAGCCGGGUCAACCAAUUCAUGUGCCUUUUAAUCAACACUCUCCUGUGAUGCAUCAGAAACUGUGUGAGCAUGUGCAAACCCAAAUGUCUCUGAUAACUGGCCAAGUUCCACCGAGCUGUAAUGGAAUUCCGACUGUACCUGCUUACCCUGUUUCAGAUCCUGAAUAUCAAAAUGUUACAGCAUUUAAUUAUCGUUUACCUACCUCCACACCAACUCUGUCCCCGCAGCAUUCAGCUAAUCCUUUACUCAUUCAGUCUGGUGUUCCUGCUGACAGUUACAACCAGUGUGCACCACAAGCAGGAGGAGCUGUGUUUUUCCCAGGAGUUUCUGUUGCUGCUUGUAUUUCUUCACAAGCAAAGUCUGCCACCACUGAUCCUCCAAUGACACCCUUUGUACCACUAGCUGUGCCAAAUAAUUCCACAGUAUCUACAUUUCUUCCAGCAUCUUAUGGCAGAGAGAUGAUUUCAAACCAAGGAAAUCAUGAGCAACGGGUAAAGGAGGCAGACUUGAUAAGAUGUAUACAAGCUCAUCUGGCUCUCUUAGAACCACAUGAAGCAGAGAGUGACAGGGCUGGGCAGAAGUACCAGAAAUUUGAUCCAGCACAGUCCAAGGUCUCUGAUACCAAAGAAGAGGAAACCGCUGAGGAACAUAGUGAGGGUACUACCAGUGAAGAAGAGGACUUGAAUGCAGUUGACAUAGCACCAAUGAGGGAGACAAGCUGUCAGACAAGUUUUGACAAAAAAGUUUUAAAGCCUAAAAAAGCAAACCCAGAAAAAACAGCCCAAAAAGUUAAAACAGUAAAAUAUCUUUUGGGAGAGCUCAAGGCACUGGCAGACCAAGAUGAUUCUGAAAUAUUGAGGAUAAUACAUGAGGUAGAAGACUGUGUUUCAUUACUGCCAGCAGUAGUUGGAAGUACUAAUGUACAAGCUGAAAUAGCACUUGCUAUACAACCUCUCAGAAGUGAAAAUGCCCAAUUGCGUAGGAGAUUAAGAAUAUUGAACCAGCAACUCCGGGAGCGAGAGAGAGCUGAAAAGGAAUCCAGCCUGGAUUGCAACUUUGAAUUAGUUUCUCUACAAUCCUUGAAUAUGACACUCCAGAGUCAACUCAAGGAAUCUUUAAAGGGCCUUGAAUCACUGCACAAUAAAAAUGAAGAACUCCUUAAAAUAAUAGAAAACCAGAAAGAAGAAAAUAAACAAUUUGCAAAAGUUAUCCAGGAGAAAGAUAAAGAACUGCUUGAAAACAAACAGCAGUAUGACAUUGAAGCUACAAAGCUAAAAAUUGAAGUGGAUGAGGCACUGGCAAAUGUGAAGAGCUUCCAGUUUAAGUUGGAAGCCUCGGAAAAAGAAAAUCAGAUCUUGGGCAUAACAUUACGUCAGCGUGAUGCAGAAGUGAACAGACUGCGUGAAUUGACUCGAACCUUGCAGAGCAGCAUGGCCAAGCUUCUCUCUGACCUCACUGUAGACCAUGUUAGACACAGACCUGAAAAAGGUCUUACAAAAUCUCUCCUGGAAGACUAUGAGAAACAGCUGAAACCCAACCCACUCCCUGUGAGUACUUCCAUAAUGAGUUACCUCAAAAAAUUAGAAAGUGAUCAAAUUUUGACAAAUACAGAACUUCAGUUUUCAAAUAAAACUGGAGAAUUGGAAAUGCCAGAUCUAGCCCGUGAAAAGUUUGUUGCUGAAGGAUCUCAUAAAAAAUGUACACUCUUAGCAGAGGAAAUAACAGCUCAAAGAAUUCUUCCUCCCCUGUCAAAGCAAGAUACAGAAACAAUUAGUGAUUCUAGGACUUUAAUAGAGGAAGAACACAAACUGGACGAGACCAUUUAUAUUCCAUUGUCUAGCAGCGCCUCUAAAAAACAGCCAUCAAUAUCUGAAAGAAAAAUGUGUGCACAACACCAGGUCAGUGUGGCUUCCAAGAAGUUGGACUAUAACUGUGGGCUCUCUGACUCUCAGAAGCAGAAUGGAUUUGGGAUGUUGGAUGAUGAAAAGAUUUUUGAUAAAGUCAGUGGUGGCUACGACUUGAGAAAGACAAUAGAAAAUACAUCUGAAACCACAGGGAAGACAACUGAACUGGAAGGAGACAGGCUCCUAGUGAGGCCAAAAGAAAUAAUUGGAACUGCUAAAGAUUUUAUAGACAAAUCAGAUAGACCUCAGUCUGAUAAAUACCUUUACACUUGCAUGCCACCUCAGAAAGAGAAUUUUCAGAAAAAAGGCACUGAAAUGUCUGACUCUAGUUUCUCUACUUUUGACUGCAUGUCAGGAAAGUCUGAAUGGAGCGUGUCUUCCUUCUCAACAUUUACUUCACGAGAUGAAGAGGACUUUAAAAAUGGGCUAGCAGCCUUGGAUGCCAACAUAGCUAGAUUACAAAGGACUUUACAGAUUGGCAUUAUGAAACAGUGAAUGAGGAAACUAAAGACUGUAUUUUGUUCAGAUAAUUGUUAGGGUUUUUUUUAGUAAUUUAAUAUGAUGUACAGUUUUUGGAAUGUCAAUAUUUGUAUUGUGUUUUUGUAUAAAAUGGCUGGUUCCUAACAGUUAAA